CUCGUAUGAAGGGACAAGAAUGUACAAAAAAAGGAGAGUAGAGAGAGAGAGGGAGAGAGAGAAAGAGGGAGGAGAGAAACAAAGAACCAAUUGACUUUUUUUUUUUUUUUUCUUUUUUUGGUUAUAUUGGAAAAGCAGAGGGUCAGGAGAACAAGGGAGGAAACCCUCUUGGAUCUCUUCAGAACUUGUGUUGAUCAUUACAGAUUUCGUUUGUUUGAAUGUUAUUGUUUGAGGGCUGUGUUUCCAUCAAUGGACAGCUUUAGAAAAGCCUAUGGGGCUCUAAAGGACUCCACCAAGGUCGGCUUAGCCAAUCUCAACAGUGAAUUUAAGGAUUUGGACAUUGCCAUUGUCAAGGCAACCAACCAUGACGAAUGUCCCCCGAAGGAUCGACAUGUUAGAAAGAUAAUUGCAGCAGUAUCGGUAAACCGUCCCAGGGCCGAUGUUGCCUACUGCAUUCAUGCACUUUCUCGAAGAUUAGCAAAGACGCGCAGCUGGAUCGUUGCGAUAAAGGCUCUGGUAGUUGUUCAUCGGACACUAAGGGAGGGGGAUCCCACAUUCAGAGAAGAAUUACUACAUUACUCCCAUAGAGGAAAGUUAUUUCAGAUAUCCAAUUUCAAGGAUGACUCGAGCCCUCUUGCUUGGGAUUGCUCUGCUUGGAUACGGACAUACGCGCUGUUCCUGGAGGAAAGACUAGAAUGUUUUAGGACGUUGAACUAUGAUAUUGAGGCGGAGAGAGUGCCAAAACCAACUCGUGGAGUAUCUAAGGCAUAUAGUAAGACACGGCUGUUGGACGGUGAUCAACUAUUGGAUCAGCUACCUGCAUUGCAGCAGCUUCUAUACCGACUCAUUUGUUGCCAGCCUGAAGGAGCAGCCUGCCACAACUUUCUCAUCCAAUAUGCGUUAGCCCUGGUUUUGAAGGAGAGCUUCAAAAUAUACUGUUCUAUCAAUGAUGGGAUCAUUAAUCUUGUCGACAUGUUUUUUGAAAUGCCCAAACACGAUGCAGUCAGGGCUCUCAACAUCUACAAAAAGGCUGGAAGACAGGCAGAACAUCUAGCUGAUUUUUAUGGCUUCUGCAGAAAUUUGGAACUUGCUCGGACAUUUCAGUUUCCUACACUCAGACAGCCUCCUCCCUCAUUUCUAGCAACAAUGGAGGAAUAUGUAAGGGAAGCUCCUCAGACAGGUUCUCUUUCAAACAAGAGACUGGAAUAUAAAGCUGCAGAACCAGAACCCGAAGAACCCGAAGAACAACCUCCACAAGAACCCGAAACACAAGUUGAAGAAGUUGAAAUCAAAGAAGAGUUAGAACCGGAGCCAGAGCCUCAGGCUAAAGAAGAAGUUCCACUUCCAAUACCUGAAGAGCCUACCGAUCUGCUCGGUCUGAUAGAACUAAAUCCAGAAGCCAUGAAAAUAGAGCAAAACAAUGCAUUAGCCCUCGCAAUUCUGGAACCUGGCACUGAACCACCGUCAGCUCAUAAUGCAUUAGCUGAAAUCGGAAAGACGUCUGGUUGGGAGCUGGCGCUUGUAACGGCACCAAGUAAUAUCAACAAACCUCAUCAACGUACAGAAACCAAAAUGGCCGGGGGGUUUGACAACCUGUUGCUCGAUAGCUUGUACGAGGAUGAUGCUACAAGGAGAACCCUACAGCUGCAUAGUGCAGGCUACAACACGAGCUACGGGUAUGAACUGGCCGUACAGAACCCAUUCACUCAGCAACAUGACCCCUUUGCCAUGUCCAACAACAUUGCCCCUCCAACAAACGUUCAAAUGGCACUGAUGUCUCAGCAAGAGCAGAUCAUGAUGCAGCAGCAGCAACAGCAACAACACCAACAACAAACACUGAUGAUGGUGCCCCACAAUCCAUACACGGCUCAAUACUCCGCCCAACCGAUGCCACCGUUUGGGUCCGCCAAUCCAUUUGGCGAUCCAUUUGGCUAUCCCCUAAGUGGGAUGCCAACACAUGGGAACAACACGUUGAUUUAGACGUGGAGUUUAAGUCGUUUAUUUGUUGAUUACAUGUAUUCUUUGUGUGGAGCUGGAUUUUAUUCAUGGUGGGAGUAAUUCUUGAGCUGGUUGUAGGCUGAGAUAGUAAGAGAAAAGUCUACUGUUGUUUUAGCUUUGUUGAGACUUGAGAUGCAUUGGGAAGUCUAUGGCAUAAAAGUUUAAUGUAAGAAAGCUCUGAUCUAAUACUGCUA